AUGUGGCCGUGCUGCCCCCAGAAUGUGCUCCGGGGGGGUCACUCUCUGCUCCAGAACCCAUACCGCAGCACCAGUUUCAGCUCCCGCAGCCUGCAGCAGUCAGCCCUCCAGGACUUCAUCUGUGACCAUUCCCUCAUACCAGGCUGUAGUCUUAUUCUGUUCUCCAUUGUCUUCAUCUGUGUCCACCAGGUGAACCACUGUGGGACCCAGGCCCCAGUCUGGCUGUCUCUGGGGGAGGGCGAGAGCCUUCCUCGGCCCCUGGAGGUGACGCAGCUGACGACCUGUGCCACCUGGCAGUUCUUCCUCAGCAGCAGUAAGGACUGCCGCCUGUUCCGCAUCCCUGUCACCGUGCGCAACUGUGGAGACUUCUACGUCUACCUGCUCCAGCCCACCCAGGGUUGCAUGGGCUACUGCGCACAGGAGAUGUCAGACUCUUCGGCGGUGGUGUGUGGUCCUGACGAGGUGGAGGUUGAUGGAGCGUGUAAAGCCAAACAGCCUCCUUCUCCAGCAAUACCUGUGAUAGUAGCAGAGCUCUCUGGGAGCAUCGUCUACCUGAAGUGCAGCUUCGAGGGCCAUAGAGUGAACAGCUCCCUAGGCUAUGUGGUUGCCUGGUCUCGCCUCUCCCCCCAAGGCAUCAAAGAAGAACUGAAACAAGAGACUACUGUCCAAACCGUUGCCUUCAUCGAGCUGGACGGGAUCAACCUCCGACUGGGGGACAAGAUUUACUGCUGUUGCUCCAGUUUUUUUCUGGACUCGCCGGACAUCCAGGGAACCCCUGCGGAGAGCGAAGAGUUCUUCGCCGGGAUCAGGUUGAGACCAGAGGUGACUACUGUGUCUGAGGAUGGGAAGGACUAUAAGUUGACUGUGGAGAGUACCAUCCCUGUCCCCUGCCCUGAUGGUGCCUCCUCCUCCACCACAGAGCAGUGUACUCUCUCCUUACACCUGAGUACAAGCAAUCAAGGAGACGAUCUUCUGGGUCCAGACGUGGUGUUGUCGUCGUGCCGGGUGGAUCUCUCUCAGAGCCUGGGGUGUCGUAAUGGGGUGUGUAGCCAGGCCCUGGUUCACCUCAGCGCGGUCACAGACUUCCUCAAGGAUGGGGACAGGACAACACAGAUCUUUGUCAAACCCAUCGUCACAUCCAACUUCCUCUGGAGCGGCUACACACCACAGAGUGUGCAGAUCACAGUGACGGAUGUUCCCUCUGCAUACUGCUACUCUUUCACUGAUCCUCACAUCAUCACGUUUGAUGGCAGGCAGUAUGACAACUAUCAGAUCGGGACGUUUGUGCUGUACAAGAGCACGAGGCAGCCGUUCGAGGUCCAUGUGCGCCAGUGGGAGUGUGGGAGCGUUGUCCACGGUGCCUCGUGCAUUUGCGGCUUCGUGGCGAGAGACGGCGGUGACGUCAUAGCCUUCGACAUGUGCAACGGAGAGCUGGGGGACACCAGGCCGCACCUGACGGUGAAGAACAGGGACGUGGGCAAAAGCCGCAUCCGCAUCACUGAGUCUUACCAAGGACGCAAAGUCACAAUGACCUUCUCGUCUGGGGCAUUUGUGCGUGCCGAUGUGUCUGACUGGGGCAUGAGUCUGACCCUGAGGGCCCCCAGCUCAGACUGGAGCCAAACCCAGGGCCUGUGUGGGACGUAUGACGGACAGACCCACAAUGACCUCCACACAGCAGGGGGCGCAGCGCUGGACAACGAAGACGUAGCAACCUUCAUCUCUGAAUGGAAACUCCCUCCUGGUGGCAGCUUGUUUGACGCUGUUCCGUCCUAUCAGAGCGCCCCAAACCCUCGCAGGUACUGUAACUGUGAAGAGGAGUCCCGCCCCACAUCCCCGCAAACCAGGUCUCAGCCAAUCCCUGGCUCCGACUCCUCCUGUUCUCACCACGGCAACGUGAGACUCCACAGUAUCAUCCCCACUCUGGAUAUCACUGCCGAAUACAUCAACUCAGUAGAGCUGUUCAAAGACCACCACGACCAGCCCUCAGGGAACACCAACCGGCACGGCCGGGCCGAGGACACCGCCGCCCAGCCUGCAGAGAGAGGCUCUACCCUAACAGGCUCCAGCCAUGGAGCCAACAACCAGAGGAGCCGUGGUAGGCGCCAGUCCUACCAGUUCCUCCCCGACACGCCCUACCAGAGCCUGAGCCAGUCCGACCUGGAGGGCUUCACCUACUUCUUCCCAGAGGACCACGAGCUGACGGCCCGGCCCGAGUCCUCCCCUCCCCCCACCUGGCCCACCCUGUCUGGCAGGGUGCAGUGCCAGCGGGCGGUGGCUAACUCCAGCGUGGCCCUGGGCUGCGGCCGGCUCUUAGGCCCGGCCAUAGUGAGCCAGGCGGUGGCUAUGUGCAUCAGCGACCUCCAGCUAAAGGACGACCAGGCCUGGGUGGGCGCCACUCUGCCUCUGCUUGAGAACGAGUGUGAGAGGAGGCUAGUGGAGGAGAGGGGGAGAGAGGAAGAGCACCAGGACAUGCUGUCCUUCCUCAAGUGUCCUAAUCUAUGUAAUGGGAAUGGGCAGUGCUCCGAGUGGGGGUGUGUGUGCUUCCCCGGGUUCGGCUCCUACGACUGCAGCGUUAUCUCUGACCAGACUCCAGAGAUCACAGAGCUGGGGAACGAGGGACUGUGUGAUGUCAGACAGCGUGACUGCUCCACUGUACAGGUCUUUGGACAAGGCUUCAAAGACUCCUAUGAACUCAAGUGUGAAUUUUUGAAGGAAAAGUUUGUGGAUGGUGAGUGGACCCUGGACGAACCUCAGUUUACCCUGGCUAACUUCCUGGAUGUGUCAAGUCUGGAGUGUCAGCUCCCCCUGGAGUACAGACAACCCAGUGCAGGCCUGGACCUGGAUACGGCCACCGACAGACCCCUCGCACGCUGGCAGAUCAAAGUGUCCAACGACGGCUACGGCUACAGUAAUGCCAAGAUCCUGACCCUGUUCGAUGGAGCCUGUCAGAUCUGCACGCUCAAUGCUGACGUUCUCUGUACCUCCAGGGAGAAAACAUGCAACAUUGACAGUGUGUGUUAUGGAGAGGGAGACCUCAAUCCCAGCAGCCCUUGCCUGAUAUGCCGACCAGACUCCUCCAAAUACACAUGGUCCAUCGCUGAGAGUAAGUACAAUGUCCUCUUACCUACAACGUACUUUUACUCUACAACUGCUGUUUACAUUAUACAACAGCAUCUCUAUACAAAUUCAGAACACAAAGGGAAAAUGAUUGUAUAUUUUGUACCUCAGAUAAUGAUAUGCACUUUAAUGAUGACAUUAUUAACGUUAUUACUAAAUAUUACUAUUCCGCUCCUGGAAGAGAAUGAGCCACCAGUGUUUCAGUCAGCCCAGGGGCGUCUGCAGACGUUCCAGGGAGAUAACUUUGUGUACCAGCUGCAGGCUCAGGACCCAGAAGGCUCUGUGGUGCUGUUCACUCUGGAGUCAGGCCCCAGUGACGCCUCCCUCUCCCCCGCUGGCCUGCUCAUCUGGAAGGCUACUGACACUGCUGCCGUCUCCUCCACGCAGACCUUUCAGUUCACUAUCACAGACGAUUGUAGUGCUGAGACGCUUGCCUCUGUACAGGUCUCUCUGCGGCCCUGUGACUGUCUGAACGGAGCUUCCUGUGUUACAAACAUCAACCUCCCCUCUGGCAGCGGGGAGUACCUAUGUGUCUGUCCCGCUGGCUUCACAGGGGACAGGUGUGAGGAGGACAUAGACGACUGUAAACCCAACCCCUGCCGUCUGGUCAAGUGUAUAGACGGACCCAACUCUUUCUCCUGCAUCUGUCCCCCCGGAAUGACAGGUCAUACCUGUAGAGAGGAUGUGGAUGAAUGUGCCGCAGAGCCAUGCUUCCCUGGGGUGGGCUGCAAAAACACACUGGGCUCAUUCACCUGUGGCUCCUGUCCAGAGGGUUACACUGGGGACGGGAAGAGUUGCAUUAAAUCGGAGCCGUCCAGUGGUAAGGGUGAUGACUAUGAGCCUAUUCAUAGAGUGACCGUGCCUGUACCCGCUGUACCCACAGGAGGUCACCAGGGUUCUGGCACGGUUAAACCAUCAAGCCAGGCCCCCUGCUCCAGACAACCAUGCUACCCAGGGGUGCAGUGCUUCGAGAGCACACACGUGUCCGUAGGGUACAUCUGUGGACCCUGUCCACCUGGGCUCCAUGGCAACGGACACACCUGUAGUAGAAGCACCACAACAGGACAGAGGCCAGUUACCACCAACAGAGAAGAUGGACGUCCCCAAGUGACGGAAGACUCCAGUAGGGAUAUCACUGGCACCACCUCCUCCUCUUCUUCCUCCACCUCCUCCCAGAACAGGAGAAAAACUGAGGGGCCCUCAUUGGGUAGCAAUAAAGUCCUCUCCGUGGACAGAAAGACAUCUAUUAGCCCCCAGUACCAAACUAUCACCAGAGUCUCCACCCCCACCAAUCACAACCGAGGUCAGAGCAGCAAGGUGGACCUGACUCCUGACCUCAGCCAUGGGGUCAGGUGGGGGUCAUCGUCUAAAAUAGUGACCUGUGCGGACUCGCCCUGCUUCUCCAGUGUGCCCUGCGAGCCCACUGUCUCAGGCUCCUUCAAGUGUGGCCGCUGCCCGUAUGGUUACACUGGAGAUGGGGUCACCUGCAAAGCUGUGUGCCGGUAUCCAUGUGGAAGGAAUAUGGACUGCUCUCUACCCAACACCUGCACUUGUAAAGAAGGCUAUACCGGAUAUAACUGCCACAUAGCUGUCUGCCGACCGGACUGCAAGAACCAGGGGAAGUGUGUCAGCCCAGGUGUGUGUGUGUGUCCCGUGGGCUACAGCAGACCAACAUGUGAGGAAGCUAACUGUGAGCCAUCUUGCCAGCAUGGAGGAACCUGUCUGGUCAGGAAUCUCUGCACCUGUCCUUACGGUUACGUGGGACCAAGAUGUGAAAUCAUGGUGUGCAACAGGCACUGUGAAAACGGAGGGGAGUGUAUUUCUCCCGAUGUGUGUAAGUGCAAGUCUGGCUGGUACGGACCAACAUGUAACUCAGCUGUCUGCAAUCCAGUGUGUUUGAAUGGUGGGACUUGUAUCAAACCCAACAUCUGCGCCUGUCCCGGUGGCUUCUAUGGCUCCCAAUGUCAGAUUGCUGUGUGCAGCCCUCCCUGUAAGAACGGAGGUCAGUGUAUGAGGAACAACGUGUGCUCCUGCCCCGGGGGCUACACAGGGAAGCGGUGUCAGAAGAGUGUGUGCGACCCCAUGUGCAUGAACAAGGGGAAGUAUGUGGGGCCCAACUCCUGCUCCUGUGCAUCUGGGUGGAGGGGGAAGAGGUGUAACAUUCCCGUGUGCCUGCAGAAGUGUAAGAAUGGUGGUGAGUGUGUGGGACCCAACACCUGCCACUGUUCCACAGGAUGGGAAGGCCUACAGUGUCAGUCUGCCGUCUGUAAGCAGAGAUGCCUCAACGGGGGAAGGUGUGUCCUGCCCAACUUCUGCCACUGCCGCAACGGGUACACUGGCGUCACCUGUGGGUUAAAGGCCGCUCUUGCAUAAGGGAAAUGACUGAAGAUGCAGAAGUUUUACAAAAUACACAGCGCAAGUGGAGAGUCCUUAUUAGGCAGUGUGUGAUCGUGGAGUGUGUGUGCCUGUAUGUGUGUGUGUGCUUGUGUGUGUGUGUGUAUCUUUGUACAUUAACAGGGGGACUGGAUAUAUUGCACGUAUCUAAUUGUCCCUGUUUUGUUACUACCUCAAUGCUCAAGGUAGCACAUUGAUGUAAAGCCCUUGCAUAAGAAAUGCAUAACAUAUUCAUAAACAAUGCAUAAUACUGUCUUAAACACUGCAUAGCCAUUCAGAAAUGUUUAUGCCAAUCGUGUUGAUGUCUCAAAAGCUACGUUUACACAGGCAGCCCAAGUCUGAUCUUUUUCCACCAAUUGGUCUUUUGACCAAUCAGAUCAGCUCGUUUGACAAUAAUUGGGCAAAAGAUCAGAAAUGUGCUGCCUGUAUAAACGCAGCCAAAAUAUGUAAUCUAACAUAGACAUGAAUUAAUGUAUUUUAAUGCAUACAAAUGUGUUUUAUAGUCCUUAUCCUAGGCUUUUAUACAGAAGUGUUACUGCACACAGUAUUAUGUUGGAGUAAGAGAAGAGAAUCAGAUUAAAAACUAGUUGAUGGUUUAUUGAAGAACAAUCUAGCUUUAUAAGAUAUUAAUACCCACUUUUCUUUUGGUUUUGUUGUUCCUUGUUAUUGAUUUGACCAAAGUUUUUUCAGCUCUGGUUUAUUGUGGUACUGAAAGUGUUUUUUUUUGCCUAAGCUGUUGUGCACUGUUUAAUACUUAAUAUGUAUUGAGAAAUAAGACUAUUCUUCUUUAUACAUCACACCUGCCUUGGAAAUGUUAUUAGCUUGUUUGAUUUUUAGGGCCACUUGUCUGCAAUUGUUUUGUAACUGUUGACGAAGAUCUGUUGUAAGUAUCAAUUCAGAUAUACUUGAUCACUUUUGUACAUUAUACUGUACAUAGGUCAAAACAGUUGUUAUUUUAACAUGUACACCGCGUUGUUGUAAAUCACGCAUAUGGAAACAAAAUAAAAAGUUAUUGUGUCAUUUGCUUU